CUUGUGCCAAGUCUCACUCACACCCUCAUACCCUCCACCAUCCUCCCCUCCCAUCUGUUCUCCACCUCUCUCUCUCUCUCUCUCUCUCUCUCUGUCACAGUGACUGGGUUCUGGUGCUCUUCGGUGAUGGAAAGGCAAUGAGGGCGUGUCUUCUACGACCAUGCCGCUACCCCUCUCCGAUGACUCGGGCUCGUGCAGCGACCUCCUGUGCGGCGAGGACGCCGGAGCGCUCGCCGAUGAAUCGCCGGAUUGCUCCACCGAGCCCGAGUUCCCGGAGGACUCGGACGAGUCCAUCGCCGGGUUCAUAGGAGGGGAGGCCGACUACUCGCCCCGCGUCGACUACCCGGACCGCUUCCGGUCCCGCUCGCUCGACCCCUUCGCUCGCCAAGAGUCCGUCACCUGGAUCCUUAAGGUGCACGGGUACUACCGUUUCCGUCCACUAACGGCGUAUCUUGCCGUUAACUACAUGGAUCGGUUUCUCUCCUCUCACCGAUUGCCGUCAAAUGGAUGGGCAUUGCAACUCUUAUCAGUGGCUUGCCUCUCCCUGGCUGCAAAGAUGGAGGAAACUCUGGUUCCAUCCCUCUUAGACCUUCAGGUUGAGGGUGCAAGGUUCAUCUUCGAGCCUCGAACGAUAUGCCGAAUGGAGCUUCUUGUCCUCACUGCAUUAACUGGAGGCUUCGAUCUGUGACACCUUUUACAUUUAUUGAUUUCUUUGCGUACAGGUUGAUCCCACUGGAACGCACGCAAGAUAUUUGGUUUCACGUGCUACUCACAAUAAUUUUAGCAAUGAUCAUGGAAUGUUUAAGUUUAUAUAAUCACUCAAUAGCUAUCAAAUCAUUAUUAUAUUAAUUAUAACAAAAUAUAACAACUAUAUUCUUCACAUCGAAGCUUGAACUAUAUGGUGUCGCAGAUAUUGACCUUCCUGAAUCACUGCCCAUCGUCAAUAGCUGCAGCUGCCAUAUUUGUGCUGCUGAUGAGACUCAGGUUUUGGCUCUUGUUAAUCCUGGAAGUGCAGCAUAUGGUGCAUUGGACUGACCGAGGAGACAAUAGCUAGUUGCUGCCAAACUAAUGCAUCGAGUUGCUAUCGAUCACAAGCAGAGAAAGCCUCCGAUGAUCCUCUCGCAGCUCAGAGUAACAACCCCACUUAGCGUGGGUUCAGGAGUCUCCUCUUCCUCUUCUUCCCCACCCAAUAAAAGGAGGAAGCUGGACAACAAUUUCCUAUGGAGUGGGUGAUGACAAGAAGGGCUCGUGAGAAAUAAAAUGAUGAGAAGAGGACAAGAAAGGGGGACCAUAAGAAUAUUAUAGCUAGUAGAUAAUUCUUCUUGUUGGGUUUGCAGAUUCCUCAGUAUUUUUCGGAGGAGUUCGGUUGGUUGGUUUAACAGAGUGUCUAGUUAGUGUAUUGGUUCUGUCCAGGAGUUAGGCUUGGUGGGUGAUGAUUUUAUUCUUUGUUUUGCAUCUAAAGUUAUUUCAUUAGUGGGGCUUUCCUAUUUAUAUAAGCCAUGAUGGCACUAGAGUGCAGAUUCCCAAGGGUGGGGGAUCUGCCAUUCUGUGUGGGGGUGAAAGUAUGAGAGAGAUGUUCUGGUUUGUGGAGGCGUGCAGGUUAUUGAAAUCAAAGGCAGCAUUGAUCGUUGAAUGAAAAAGGAGAGGUGGUGGGUCCUUUAGGACCAUGAGAAAAAGAGGAGGCAUUCAAGCUAGGUACUGAAAAAAAAAAGAACGAACUCUCCCAGUCCAGAGGCCUUCCGAUGUUCCUUCAAAACUUUCAUUCUCCUUAUAGCCUCUAUACCGAUAUUUAUCUUUUUAACUUUUUUUGAUAUAUUUCUUUCGGGUGAUGUGAUUAUGAGUGUCAUGCAUGCAUUUGCCUUACACAUGCAUGCGAGUCUGGAGAGACGAUAUUUAUCUUUAGCCUAAGACUACGGCUAACUCUCUCUGUAUAAAGACCUUUGGAGGGUCUUCGAGGAUCUUGUUUAUGCGCAAGUUAUAAAUAAAAAAUUCUAAUGUAAUCUAUUUAUUUGUAAAAACCUUAUAGUUUCAGAGCUAAAUUGAUACUCUCUCUCUCUCUCUCUC